CGCCCCUAUGCUCCCCCCUCUGCGGGUGUGAGUGGGUUCUUCCAGACCGUUUAAUCAAACGCAGAUAGUCUGGAUCACGUAGCUCAGUGAAACCAGCUAAAAUGACGUUUAGUCGCUUGUUAUCGCGAAGUGUUUAUUACAGCAGAGCUGGAUUCAGAUCUGCAUUCACCAGCACCAGGACCGAUCACACCCACCCGAACUGGCUGAGUGUGGCUCUUGCCUUUGGAACAUCUGCAUUCCUCUGGGCUCUGCUUUUCAAACAGCACAGCACAGAUGUCCACGAAUACAGAGUGAGAAAUGGUCUUCAGUAACCCGCAUUAACGGAGGCUGCUCAGUCCUGUCUGCUGGACUCACCCGUGCUUCUGUCCUACACCCCAAACUCUUUCAAUUCAAAUAAAUGUCUGUCAUGUUUAAA